AUGUCGUCUGCUGAAGCAUCUAACGCCGCUGGUGAUUACUUUUCGCGCUUGUAUGAGCGUGCUUCCGCAUUUGUGACUAAGAUGACUCACCCUCAGGAGGGUGAACGUCGUCCCUUGCUGCACGGCCAGAGCUCAGCUGACUAUGGUACCACGGAUGAUGUGAUUCCCGUACCAAAGCCACGUAAAGUGCAGACCCCUAUUAAGGUUGAGGCUAAGGUUUGGUUUGCGAAUGAGCGUACUUGGAUCUCGUGGCUUCGUACCUCGCUGCUGAUGGGUACACUGGCUUUGGCUUUAUUUAACUCGGCGUCUUACUACGAUCCGAAGCCUGUGUGGGAGCCUGGUCAACCGAAUGGCAGCCCUAGUGCUGCCAAGGUUGUGCGCACGUUCGGCAUUGUGUAUGCUUUGAUUUCAGCCCUUGUGUUGCUUUGGGGUCUGUAUAGCUACCAGCGCCGCGUUACACUGAUUAAGAUGCGUUGGGCUGGCAGCUUUGACGAUCUGGUCGGCCCUCCGCUUGUCUGCGGUCUGACAUUCAUUGCUGUCUUGGCGAAUUUUAUUAUUUCAUUGCAGCAGCACAUGUAA